AUGGCAAUCGGAAAGUUCAAUUCUUUCUCAUUUUUUCUACUAGCCAUCGUCGCUUCUAUUUUCACCCAACAUGCUAGCGCAACAUCAAUUGAUGCUAGCUCUUUGUGCAAAAGCUCGAAGGACAAGGACCUUUGCGCGACCAUGGUCAAUGGAGCAACUAAUUGGCACGACGCCAUUGGAAAUGCCAUUAAUGCAACAUUAUCCGUUGCUAAUGAACUUCAAUCGAAGAGUGGCUUCGUUGCAGCAUCAAUAGCUAAUUUGCCACCUUCGAUUAAAGAAACAUGUAAGGAAUCUUUCCAGACGACGUCUGAUAUGCUUCACGAAGGACUGGAACACCUUGCAGCCGGAGACAACAGCUCAUUGCACACCAAAUUAAGUGCGGCAUUAGACACUGAGUGUACUGAUGAACUUUCAGAUCAUGGUGUUGCUUCACCAAUUGCCAAUAUGAUUGAAGAUCUUCAUAAAAAAGUGUCAGUCUGCUUGGCGAUAAUGAUACAGAAUGAGAACGUCACUGCAUAA